GGAGUGCGGCUGUGAAUGCAGUUGUGGCAGAGAGGUGGAAGUCCCUGUCAAAGGACCAACAGGAAAAAUACUAUAAGCAGGCCAAUGAGGAGAAAAUGCUCCAUAGCCAACAACAUCCAGGCUGGUCUACUAAAGACAAUUAUGGCAAAAAGAGGAUGAGAAUUCGGGGCGACCCCUGCAGCACAGCAUCUGCACCUAAACCUGCGCAGGAACCUGAACAGGUCAAGUGGCCAAGUGUGAACGUGCCUGCGUAUGGCACAUUCCACUCGCCGCAAGUAAAUCACGUCCCCCCUACAGCUCAUACAAACCCCUCUGCAUCUACAUCAUACUCUCCUUAUGUUUACCCCUGCAUUGGUCCUGCUGCUCCUGUGGAUUCCCCUCCAUCCACAGUUGCACCAACUGAACCAAUGGCCACGUUUGUCGGUGACACUGUAGAAGACCUAUUAUCAGCGUUUGACCACCUCGAUGCCUUUCUUCUUGCUCCACUGCCUCAGGAGCCUAUCUUCCCUCACUCAGACCCCUGCUUGGGUCCUGCUACUCCUGUGGAUUCCCCUACAUCCACCCUGCCGGCCUCUCCAGUCUCAACAAUCAAACCCAUGUCUGCCUUCUUCUGCGACCCUGAAGAAGACCUCCUGGCACUGCUGAAACAGCUCAGUCCCUGUGCUUUUGCUACAGAGCCUCAGCAGUCCACUGUUCAUACUACUGGAGACUUUAUUGAAUUUACAAUUUAGC